CCUUCUUUCCACAAAAUUUGACUUCAGGAAUGGAGACAUAGAUUUGCUCAAAACCAUUGAACUUCUACAGAAACUGGACAUUCCUAUGGCCAACAUUUACACAGAGAACUAUGUGAAGGCUAUUGACAAAGUGAAACAUCGGAAGUUUGGGGCAGAGGACUUCAUUUAUAUUUACAAGGUUUUCACCAGGCGAUCAUUGCCUCAUGACUUAUUCAAACAAUAUUCUUCUGAUGGCAAAAACCUUACAACUUUUGAUCUGCUGUACUUUCUGACACAUGACCAGCAUGAGAUAUACGCAGAUGAAUACAACGCUUUAUCGAUAAUGCAAAACCAUGAACCUGUGAUGAGAUCUAAGCUGAAAAGAAAGUUGAUGAGUCCCUGUGGCUUCCUGAGAUACAUAACCUCUACAGACUGCUGCAUCUUCAAUCCAGAUCACAUCAAAGUCCACCAGCGCAUGGACCUGCCCAUGACGGCUUAUUUCAUAGCAUCUUCACAGGACACGUUCACCAACAACCAGUCAAUAGGACAAAGCGACAUUAGCGGAUAUAUCAGUGCUUUGAAGAGAGGCUGCCGUUGCUUGGAAUUGGAUUGUUGGGACGGUCCUGAAAAUGAGCCCAGAGUGUAUCAUGGCUUUGCCUUGUCUUCCAUGAUUCUGGUCAAGGACGUCAUUGAAGUUAUUAACAUGCAUGGAUUUGAGACAUCCGAAUAUCCUUUGAUACUUUCUCUGGAGAUUAACUGUAACCCAAUUCAACAACGGGUAAUAGCCAACCAUCUGGUCAAUAUCCUGGAAGAUAAAUUAAUCCCCAUGAACUAUGCAGACGAUGACCCAACUCAAUUAUCCUCUCCUGAGGAGUUAAAGCACAAGGUAUUGAUCAAGUGUAGGAAAGUCCGAACGUUGAGCUGCACUAUGUCUUCGAUAUGGCACCUGGUGGACGAGGAGGUGGGACAGUUCAAAGAAGAGUUCGAUCCCGAGACAGAGUCGGAGGUCGUGAGUGUGGUUCCCUCUGGAAUCCGGGCAUUCAGGAUGAAGAAGAAAAGAAAGGUUGGACUUGCAAUGGAAUUCUCAAACGUCAUAGUGUAUCUAAAGCCAGUUGAAUUUAAGGACUUCACACAUUCAAGGAGCAAUCAGCUGUUUUAUGAAAGUAAUUCAAUUUCAGACCAGACGGCCAUGAAGCUAGUAAAGCAAUCGGCAUGUGAAUUUGUGCAGCACAAUUCAAAAUUCCUUGUAAGGAUUUACUCUGCAGGCAACAGAAGGAAUCAUUCCAACUACAAGCCUCAUGAAUUCUGGAAUGUUGGCUGUCACAUGGUUGCUUUAAACUAUGAGGUUCCUGGACUGAGCAUGGACCUAAACAGAGGCAGGUUUCAGGACAAUGGAGGAUGUGGCUAUAUCCUUAAGCCUGCCUUUAUGACCAAAGGCAUGAAUUUUGACCCCUUUGCUUCAAAACACAACUUUGAUCCGGUGAUCGCCUUAAUACAGAUCAUUAGUGGUCACCACCUACCUGUCUGCAGAACACACAGUAAAGUAUCAAUUGAUCCCUGUGUGCGAGUGGAAAUCCAUGGAGUACAAGCGGACAAUAGCAUUCAGCAAUCCAAGAUCUUGCCUUCAGCAGGACGUCAUCCCAGGUGGAAUGAUUGUUUGGUCUUUUGCGUUCAAGUUCCAGAACUUGCACUGGUGCGAUUCCUCGUACAAGACAUGAACCCUCUCCGUGUGAAUGCCUUCCUCGGUCAGUACACGUUGCCAUUAACAAGCAUCAGGAAAGGUUAUCGAGUUGUCCCGCUGCUAAGCUCCGAUGGUCAAAGCCUGUCUCCAGCGAUUCUUUUUGUGUACGUUUGGUAUGCGUAGAGCCUUUUCUUCACGAAGAAGAGGGUUGUUUCUCAUUUGUGCAUGCCAUUUUCAGAUUUUGUAUCAAAAUACAGUUCACAACUCCAGAA